AUGGACUUCACAAACAUCUUCCGUCUUGUCAACAUUGCCGUUGGCGUGUUUAUGGUGCUUGGAGGUAUCAGCAACUUCUUCUCCGGCACCUGGAGCACAAUCAUUUUGGGCGCCUACGCGGUUGCCUUCGGUCUUGUCGUCGGUGGCCUUGAGUUCCUCCCUCAUGUCCCAGACUAUGCCUACCGCUAUGCGUCUUUCCUCUUCUCUUUCCUGGGCCGUGGUGUCUUCUACAUUUUCAUCGGAUCCAUUCUGCUCCACGAUCACGUCCUGCGCAUCAUCGACGGCUCGCUGAUUGGCUUGAUCGGUGUCGGAUAUGUCGCUCUCGAGUUCAUCCCUUCCAUUGAGCCUCCUUCCAACAUGCGCGAGUCCGACCAGGGCUGGGGUGCUGAGCAGGUCUAA